CUCCCCUUGGCAGGCUUCAGGCGGAGCCGGAGCCGUUUGACAGAUCAGGUGCUGCUGUGACGGCGGGAGCACAGCGGGAAGGGCAAGGAGGGGUCCUGGUCCGGGACGCAUCCACACUCGGAAAAGUAGCGCGUCGCUCUCAUGUCUUCCUCCCCCGGGUGCGGGCACACAGCAUCGGUCCUGCUACUCUGGCCUUUGUCCGGAACCUGGCUUGGCUCUUGUCGCUGCUGAAGUGGCCUCUCGACAGCUGCAGCUUCUUCCCGGCUGCCCGCAGGGAGCUCAGAGCUAUGGCUGCGAGCGGCGCCUUGGCUGUGGAGGAGCGCAGUGACGUCCUGCUGCUGCCCGCGGAGCUGCCGCCGGGCCCUGCCGUCGACAAGGGUCUCUAGAAAGGGUGUCGGGAAAGGCUCCCGCGUUUUCCAUCCGCGCCGCGCGCGUGGAGAUUGCCGAGUCUGUGACUCCAGGGGCGUCUGGAGGGAGCGGAGUAGUUGCACACUGGGUCCCACUCCCUCGGCUCUCCCGGCUGAACCUGCCCGGAUUCUUCACCUUGAUGUGAGGAAUCCCCGAGGUGGAGGGAAAGCCUCCAUCUGGUGCUGGGAAAGGCUCUGGGCAAGGAUUCGCAGGCUCUACACCGCCUGCUAAUCACAGCCCUGGUCAGCGGGUUUCCUGCUAAAUCGGGUGCUGGUCUCAGCUGUUUUCAACUAGUUCCGUACUAAACUGGAAAAUGCUCCAGAGGCGUCAGUCGGAAUAACACAGAGUACGAGGGACCAGAUAAGGAGAAAAUGGGGAGAUCGACUCUCUUUCAGUAUCUCAGUAAUCGGAAAGCCCGCAAGUUGAUCAUUGUCCAUAAAAAGACUGGAGAGCUACGAAUCCUAGGAAAUGGGGGCUCUGAAGAGGGCUCAGUUCACAAAAUCUGAGUGAAGACGUUACCAUGAGCCUACGGUUAGGAGGUGGGACUUUGGGCGGGGGAGAGCGGAGCAUCUGAGGACAGGAUUGAGAUCACAGCUACAGUACCAGGAUCACGGGCCCUUUCCAGCUGGAGCGGGUGGCGAACCUGUUCAGUCUCUGCCAGCACGAGAGAGAUCAGAGCCACCCGAGCCCUCCUGGGACAGAACUGUCCCGUACCAGAGAUAGCCCUCGUGGUCAGGGACAGUGAGGAGCCACCCAUGUUUACCAGGACGCCUGUGAGAAUGAAUAUGAAGGAGGACCCACCCCAGACUUGAAGCACUUUUCCCAGUUGCUGAUGUGCCCCAUUGCUACUCUGACAGUGGUCUCGGGCCUCUUCGCUGUUCUUGUCAUAUAUUUCUGGCCUUGAGUGCCAUAGAAACACAGCCGCUCCGACACACCUUGCACUACUUCUCUGGGAAGGAAAAAGCUCCGUAGAAAGGUGAGGCAUUUUGGAGAUCUUCAGAUGAAUGUCAGACUGGAUCAGAAGCUGAGGUUCUCGGUUGCCUUUGCGGGAGAUCCUUUUCUCUUUAUCCUCGUCAAAGGCCCUUUAGACUCAUUCAGAGAAAAGCAACUGCUCGGUUAGUUCACAGGACACCAGGAACACGGACACUCUCCUGCAUGUCAAUCAUCUCGGAAUCUGCAAAUAGGCUGUGAUUUAGCACAUUCUUAUGACGCUGUCAAUUUGUUGACAGAUUACUUAUUUUUUUGGUGACUCGUGUUUUGAGAACAUCGUUUACCCUUUAGUUCCGAGUGAGGGGUUGGCUUUAACAUCGAAGUCCUUGGUGAAGAAGGCAGAAUAUAAAAUAGCGUUAACAAUUGCACUGUUGUCUGCCUGCAGCAGUCCUGAAAAGGUUACAGUCAAGUUGUAGGUUUCUGAAAAUCACACUUGUUCCGUAAAACUACAGCGAAAUCCUCACAGACAGUGCUGCUAAAAUGAUAAUUUCUCUCUUUUUGAGUACUGGAUUAUUCCUGUGACUCUGAGACACCGUGACUUACUGUUUCCUGAUUCUUGCGUUGCGGGGUGGUAGUUACUGGGUGUUUAGCAAGUAAGACCUUUUAUCUGGUUAUAUCUACGGCUCAAAAAUUAUAUUGAGGGCAUUCUGCCAACUGAGUGAAAAUGUGCUGUGGAGUCUUCAUCUGGCCAUCAAGCUAUACUAAGUCCUUUUUCACGGAGCAUAAAAAGCCACUCAUCACAGAGACCAUAGCUCUGCAUGCAUCACAGCCGGGGAUUUGUUCUGUGUUCGGAGGAGAUGGAUGAUAGCUGAAGUCACCAUUGUGGUUGUUUAAGAGAAACUGUGAGGAUGUUUGUACCUUGUGUGCUUCCCAGACAUGCUGUUUCCUUGAGAACCAGAAUGUGAGCAUCUAAACUUAGCUGCCAACGCGAAUGACUAAAAGCUUGUGAAACGUAAUUCUGUGGGAGUUGGUCCUGCUGACGCAGACUAGAAGCGCUAGUUUAUGUACCUUUAAAAGGUUUAGGAGGGGUUGUCAUUGGCCGACAGCGGAUGGAGCUGUUAUCCAAUUAGCUGCUGAUCUAAGAUGCGGGGAUCUGCUCUUCCUAGUUCUACUCCCCUCCUCCAGCGCCAUGGCUGAGAUUCAGCUCUCCUCCCCCAUCCCACCCCCUCUACUCUGACUAACAAUCGCUGCUGCAGCCAAGCAAAUCUGAGAGCUGUUGUAAUAGCUGUGGAGAGGAAAACCGAGGGAUUUUAGCCGCUGAUAUCCAGACCCCGGCUCGUCUUUUGAGCCGAGACCGGACAAAGACUCCUCCUAAGAGAGGAGAACUCAGAAAUGGAGCCCCGAAGGCCCCGGCAACCCCCUUGGAAAUGGCUGCGCCUGGGGUCCGAGGAGAGCAGACGGUACUUUGUCGUGAGCCUGGCCAGCGGCAAUUUGCUGGUGAACGAGCAGAUAGAUCGAGAAAGCCUGUGUGGAGCCAGUGUGAGCUGCGUGCUGCCGGUGCAGGUCGUUAUAGAAACCCCCCUGGAGCUCUUCCGCCUGGAGGUCGAGAUUCUGGACUUGAAUGACAAUUCUCCCAGGUUUCCCACCACCCAUCGCACUGUGAGGAUAGCGGAAUCCUCCACCUUGGCUGCGCGCUUUCCUCUGGACAAUGCCCAGGACCCAGACGUGGGGACUAACACUGUCAGUUCCUACCAUCUCAGUCCCAACCCGCACUUCUCUCUGACCGUAAAGAACCUGAAAGAUGGCAAACUUUUCCCAGAGCUGGUGCUGGAGCGUGCUCUGGACCGGGAAGAGCAAUCUGAACACCAGCUGGUCCUGACCGCCUUUGAUGGAGGAAACCCUGCCCGGUCGGGAACCGCACAGAUAACCGUGGUUGUUUUGGAUGCCAAUGACAAUGCCCCACUGUUCGAUCACCCCGUGUACAAGGUCAGCCUUCUGGAAAAUACCCCGGUGGAGACUCUGCUCAUUAAACUCAACGCUACUGACCCAGACGAGGGCCCCAAUGGAGAAAUACAGUACUCUUUUGGAGUUCACACGUCUGACUCAAUCCGGAAGUUGUUCGCCUUAGAUCUCCACACCGGGGAGAUCACUGUUCAGGGAGCUCUGGAUUUCGAAGAAACGGGUUUCUAUGAAAUCCACAUAAAAGCCAAAGACAAGGGAGUGCCGGAAAUGGAAGGCCACUGCGUCGUUCAGGUGGAAGUGGAAGACGCCAACGAUAACUCCCCAGAGGUCCUGAUGACCUCCCUGGUGAAUCCAGUGCCUGAAAACACUCCGUUGGAAACCGUGGUGGGGCUCUUGAAUGUGCAAGACCGUGACUCUGGGGUCAACGGGGAGGUGAGCCUAGAAAUCCCACCAAGUCUGCCAUUCAGAAUCAAAUCCUUCGACAACCACUAUUCCCUGAUCACCCGCGAGAGCCUGGACAGAGAAAAGAUUGCCCAGUACACGAUCGAGCUGACCGCCAGGGACGCGGGGUCCCCGGCUCUAACCACGAAGAUCACUAUACUGCUGAACAUCUCCGACGUCAAUGACAACUCCCCCAGCUUCUCCCAGCCCUUCUACAACUCCUUCCUGCAGGAGAACAACCCCCCGGGCUCCUUGCUCUGCACUGUGUCCGCUGCUGACCCAGACGAAGGAGACAAUUCCCGCCUCACUUACUCUAUAGUUGAAAGCGAAAUCCAGGAAGCUCCUGCCUCGUCUUUUGUCCAUAUUAACCCGGACGACGGAAAUAUUUAUGCCCAGCGCACUUUUGAUUUUGAGCAGUUUCGUGUCUUGCAGAUUCCCGUGGCUGUGCAGGACUCUGGGUCUCCACCUCUCAGUUCCAAUACUACCGUCUACAUUUUUAUUCUGGAUCAGAACGACAACUCCCCCGCCAUUCUGUACCCGGCGAUUGGCGGAGGGGUUGCAGAGCCCCAAAGGGUCCCCCAGUCUGCACCAGCGGGGUACCUAGUCACCAAAGUCACAGCAGUAGACGCAGAUUCUGGCCAUAACGCCUGGCUCUCAUAUUCGCUGCUGCAGCAGUCUACAGAUCCCACCUUGUUCCGGGUUUCUCCUUACACGGGAGAAAUCCGGACUACCCGCGGGUUCCAAGACUUAGACCGCGCUGAGCAGAAAAUCCUCGUGCUAGUCAAGGACAACGGGGACCCUGCUUUGUCCAGCACGGUCACCAUCCUGGUUUCCUUGGAAGAAAAAAUAUCUGAGGAAAGCUUCAAAGCUCGCGAUUUCCUUCCAGAUCCCAAAGCUAAACCUGACCUGACCCUCUAUCUGAUUAUCGCGCUAGUGGCUAUUAGCAUGGUCUCUCUGGUUACUUUCAUCAUACUGUCUGCAAAAUGCCUUAGGAAAAAAGAUAGAGAGUCCCCCUGCUGCGGCCUGAGCGAGUCGCCCUCCAGGGAUUUUUUCAAACACUCCAGCCCAAAGCUUCAGUUGAACUCGGAUGGCACGUUAAAGUACAUGGAGGUGACCCUCAGGCCCUCAGACACUCAGAGCCAGUGCUAUCGGACCUGCUUUUCUCCGGGGUCAGACAGGAGUGAUUUCACGUUUCUGAGACCUUUGAGCUGUCCCCCCGCCAGCACCCUUCCGAUGGAAACUGAUGCUUUCCUACCUGGUAAAAAUACACUGAACGAACCCGGCCAGCAAGCACAGCCUAAUACUGACUGGCGCUUCUCUCAGGCCCAGAGACCUGGAACUAGCGGCUCACAGAAUGGAGAAGAAGGUGGAGCUUGGCCAAACAACCAGUUUGAUACUGAAAUGCUUCAAGCCAUGAUCAUGGCAUCAGCAAAUGAAGCUGCUGAUGGGAACUCCACUCUUGGUGGGGGAACUGGCACUAUGGGCCUCAGUGCAAGGUACGGCCCCCAGUUCACACUGCAGCAUGUCCCAGACUACAGGCAGAAUGUGUACAUCCCUGGCAGCACUGCCACUCUCUCCAACUCCUCAGGUAAACGAGAUGCAAAGAGCUCGGGAUCUUCAGGAGGAAACAAGAAGAAGUCAGGGAAGAAGGAAAAGAAGUAAAAUUGACAGGAGACCAUCAGCAGGUUAGACCUACAGGGCAGACCCCUCCAGCACUCCCCCAAAUCACAACCUAGGAUGGAGGGUGAAUGUGAAUUUUGCAUUGGAAAAGUAGGGACUACUAUGAAUGCAUGUCAUUGUCAGAGCUAGGGGUAGGGAUCCUACUGUUAGUCCUCAUGAUAUAAAUCAAUCUGGAAACAAAAAAGCAAGUGCCCUGUUAAUACAAACUCAUAUUUUGUACUAUCACUCGGGUAAUUUAAUAUGCAAGGCUGUAAAGUCUUUAAAACAUGUAUUUGGAUUUGGUUCACUCCAGAAUGGUCUGAGAAAGCUUCAAGGCUUGUACUUGGCAUUGUCCAAUGUAAAUAAGUUUAACAUGGAUUUUUUUUUUAAUUUAUGAACCACUGAUCAUUUUUCUGAGGAAAAAACAUUCCCAGAUUAGAGCUCAUGCUCCAUAUUUUGAUAUUUAACUUUCUUUUAGUAAACUUCACCCUGAUUACCCUUGAAGUUCCUAGUUAAGAAGUUGGUAGGGAGUGCUUCAAUUCCUGUUUACCUAUUAUUCUCAAAAAAUAAGUGUUUACACUGCACUAGUUUGAAGUAACAAGCUUAAAGUGCAUUUUAAACAUUUUUUUUUUAAAUGUGACCAAUAAUGGCCUAAAAUAUGGAACAAAAAUCAUGGUAUGAGACAGACAGGAAAUGCAAUUGAACUGCAGUGGAAAUGGCCACAGUGCAGAACACACCACUCCAAUUAUAAGAUGUGGUGUGUAGCCACGCUACAUACUACUGUCCUAUUGAUUAUACAGGCCUCUACAAAUACAUCUCAACAAUUCAUUGCAGUAAAUAUUUAUGUGUACAGGAAAUGUUUUCUUGGAAUUAAAAGUUUAAAAAGUCCCCUGCUGUAAGCACAGAGAGCUCAAAGCAAUGAAAUAGCUAUCUAUGUCUUUAUCAAGGGUGGAUGCAUUUGGAGACCAAUCUCUGUCAUAGGGAACAGAGACAGAAUGCUUCACAUUUCUGUACAUUGCAUUGCAUGCAAAAUACUCACCUCAUGUCUACAGUAAGGUAACUAACUCCACCACACCCAAAGAAGCCAUUGCAUGUGUGUACAGCAUGAUAUAAAUGCACAGUCAGAUAAACAAGUCUCAGCGCAGACUGAGCAAUGUCUAUCUAGGAGUAGGUUUGAAUAAUAAAAGAGACACUGCUAUCUCCUACAGCAGCGAUGAAAUCCACACAUUUCAUGUCUGUGCAGAGUUGCCAAAGAAUAGGCUUAGUUCACUGGCCUUCAGAACUGGAUACCAAGUAAGUGACAGUUGGUUUGCUGGAGCCAGGGGACCAGACUUAUAGAUAAAGGAUCCAAGAACUGGAGCUUAGCCCUUGCCACUGACUACAAAGCCAGUGAGCCUGGGGAUGCUCACAAGCUGUCUGUCAGGAGACUAUGAGGAAGGAUUCUGAUACUUUUGAGGCUGUUACAGGACCAUUCAUUCACUCUAGCCCAGAUUCUAACUGUACCCAGAAAAUUAUCUGAGACUCAAAAUAUGCUAGAUUUAAUAAGAAACAAACAAACUUUCUUUAGUUGUUGAUACCCCUGGCAUUGGGAUUUUUAACCACAUUUAAUGGAGUAGAAUGAUCAGGGCCUCUUCACUGUGUGCCCCCUGUAGCUGUUUUCCCUUUUCACUGCUGAUCCAAACAAAGUGAAGAGAGAGUGCAUUGUGCCCUUGCUACAUAGUCAGCUUGGCAUUAAUUCCUUGUAAACACUAAGUCAUCCAGGAAGGCUAUAUUAUGACCUUAUGCCCUACUUAAUCCAGAAAGGUUGUGCAUGCCCUUUGCACUGGGCCAGCUUUCCAUAUCAAAGUAACUGUGACUGACCUGGGAAGGCAGAAUGGCGUGGGGUGUCUGUAGCAUGAAGAAGAAACAUAUAGAGAUAAACACGAUGAGUUUUCUGUAACUUCUAAUGCAGAACUCACCUGAGCAGAUCACCUUCUAUGAUCACCUCAGGUUAACUGUAGACAGCUGGCAUGCUUACCUGGCUUGUCAGUAACCCAGCCCUGGCAGUAUUCAGCAGAGCAUUGUGCACUAACUAAUGCCUCACUAGCCAAUUUCUGUCUCCCUAUGUCUAGAGAAGCAAGCCCCAUCUAUGGGAAGACCUUGUCUACAUACGAUUUUUUGUACUGAUCCCAGGCACCCCCUGUGGUGGCUGCACUAGAAAGAGUUUACACAGAUAGUAAGGCUUAUACAAACUAAUGUAGUUAUUAUGUGACCCUUCUAGAAGUACUGUAGAUUAAUUGUAGUGUUUAUAUUUCUUUUUAAUCAGCAAUCCAAGGUAGUAUAGAGAGUGUUGUAAUUAGUGGUGUGUUAUUUUUAUCUCAGUAACUAACUUGUGGGCAUCAGUAUUUUCAAUUUCUCUGUAUCUUCUUUCCUUGUGGUCUGUGCUCUAAGUGUAUGUGAAAUGAAACACACUUGUCCUUUCAAUGUGUCUAAUAUUGAAUUAUACUUAUAUAUUAUAUAUAUGCUUAUAUCCUUCUUAUACCCAUAUAGACCAAUGUCAAUGUGUUACAUGCAGGUUUUAUACUCUAAUAUUUAUAUUGCUUUUUUUCUUUGGGAAAAAAUAAUAAAAUGGUUUCUUCUGAA